UAGAAAAAAUUAUAAUCCAAGAUAUCCCACAAGCCCCAGAUAUUAUUCUAACAUAUCAUGGUGAUGAACUUCAAUAUUCUCAGAAAUCUUCUGUUAUGUAGCAACAUCUUCUUGAUUUUAUGCCUAAACAAUAGCCAAGUUAGCUCUUCUCCUCUUACAUAUUUCUGUCCAAAUACAACUACUUACAGUCCCAACAGCACUUACAGAUCUAAUCUCAAUGUUCUAUUAUCAUCUUUAUCCUCUAAUGCUUCUCGGCCUAAUGGAUUUUACAACUCUACAGUUGGUCGUACGGAUUCGGAAAUAGUUUAUGGCUUGUUUUUAUGUAGAGGAGAUGUUGCGCCACCUGAUUGUCAAGACUGUGUUACAAUAGCUAGUAAAGAUAUCUUAGAAAAUUAUUGUCCAACGCAAAAAAUUGCUGUAAUUUGGUACGAUGAUUGCUUGUUACGUUACUCGAAUUUACCUAUCUUUGGCAGAAUGGAUGAAUCAGGUGCACGCAUUUUAUUUAAUACACAAAAUGUUAGUGACCCAACAAGGUUUUUGUCACAACGUCGGAAUAUGAUGGAUGAAAUAGCAAAUUUGGCAGCAAAGGAAAAUGAUGGGAAAAAGUUUGCUACUAAAGAAGCCAAUUUUUCAUCACCAGAGACACUUUAUACACUUGCACAGUGCACUCCUGAUCUCUCUGAUUCUUCUUGUGACCGUUGCUUGAGAACUGCUAUUGGAAAUUUACCAAGUGAUGGCAAAAGAGGUGGUAGAGUUCUUCUUCCUAGCUGUAAUGUUAGGUAUGAAUUGUAUCCUUUUUACAACGUUACGGCUGUCGCGCCACCACCUCCGCCGCCAGUUCGCCUUUCUCCUCCACCUUCUUCACAGCCUGAUCCUACGACCAGCGAUCGAGGAAAAGGGGGAAUUGCAUCUGGAGUAAUAAUUGCCAUAGUUGUUCCGAUUGCUGCUGCAGUGCUACUGUUAAUUUUUGGUUUCUGUUGGCUAAGAAGAAGAGGUUCGCAAGAAUUCAUUGUUGCAAAAGAUAUGACAGAUGGAAAUGAAAUUUCAACUACUGAAUCCCUGCAAUAUCAGUUGACCAAUAUUCAAGCUGCGACGACUAACUUCUCAGCUGAUAAUAAAAUUGGUGAAGGUGGAUUUGGUGUUGUCUACAAGGGUAUACUUCCGAAUGGACAAGAGAUAGCUGUGAAGAGGCUAUCGAGAAGUUCAGGGCAAGGUGCACAAGAAUUUAAGAAUGAGAUCGUGUUGAUCGCGAAGCUUCAACACAGAAAUUUAGUGAGACUACUGGGAUAUUGCUUUGAAGCAGAGGAAAAGCUACUUGUCUAUGAAUUUGUCCCCAACAAAAGCCUUGACUAUUUCUUAUUUGAUCCUGAAAAGCAGCAUCUACUGAAUUGGUCUCGACGUUACAAGAUUAUAGGAGGGAUUGCGCGUGGACUACUUUACCUUCAUGAGGAUUCACGUCUAAGAGUUAUACACCGUGAUCUCAAAGCAAGCAAUAUAUUGUUAGACGCUGAUAUGAAUCCCAAAAUAUCAGAUUUUGGAAUGGCAAGAAUAUUUGGAAUUGAUCAAAGUGAAGAUAUAACAAACAGGAUUGUUGGGACAUACGGUUACAUGUCGCCGGAGUAUGCUAUGCAUGGACAAUACUCUGUUAAAUCUGAUGUUUUCAGCUUUGGUGUUCUACUUUUGGAGAUCAUAAGUGGAAAGAAGAAUAGCUCAUUUUACCAAUCAGAUGGAGCUGAAGAUCUUCUUAGCUAUGUUUGGAAGAAUUGGAGAGACGGAACGCCAUUGAAUAUAAUGGAUCCAACAUUUGGAGAGUCAUACUCAAGAAAUGAAGUGAUACAGUGUAUACAUAUCGGAUUGUUAUGUGUUCAAGAAGAUGUUACUGAAAGGCCUACAAUGGAAUCUGUGGUGCUCAUGCUUAAUAGUUACUCUGUUACCAAGGCGGCGCCUCAACAACCUGCAUUCUUUUUUCGUAGUCGAACAGAGAUGCUACCAAAAGGGCUAGAAUCAGAUCAAUAUUCUACAAGCAAAUCAAUACCAUUAUUGUCUGAGAAUGAAGUAUCCAUUACAGAACUGCAUCCAAGAUAGACGCGUACAAUGAUCGAGUUUAAGUUUACUGUCUAUUGUGAAACAGUUACUAUCUGUUACAGGUCAACUUAACCUGAUGGUGUAAGAAAUUUAUAUAUUGUGUUAAAUCUAUAUCUAAUAGGAAGGAAUAAGGUGAUUGAGUGAGACUAAGAGGGUAAAUUAUAAGGCUUUUUUCAUGAUAUGUAUUUACGAAGUAUUUCAUUCAGCAGAAAGCAGUAUCUAUAUGACAUUAUUUCUGUUGAAA